UUUUUGUAGCUGUCAACUUGACAGAUGACCCUAACCUAAAUUUCUACAAUAUUGAUUAAUUUUUUUAGUUUCGUAAAUAAUUAUCAGAAAUGGCAAAUUCAAAAACAGACGUACAAACUGAAGUGGAAAAUGUUCGUGUUUUUGUUCGAGUGCGUCCUUUAACGAAAAAAGAAGAGGCUGAGGGUCAUCUAAAUGUACUUUUAAUCGACCCUAAAGAGAAUUUAAUUGCUUUAAAUAAAGAAGGGGCAAACCCAAAACCAUUUAAAUUUGAUCAGGUGUUUGGCGAAGAAUCAACCCAGUUAUCUUUGUAUCGAGUGAUAGCUGUGCCUAUUGUUGAGAAGGCUUUGGAGGGGUACAAUGGCACGAUUUUUGCGUAUGGACAGACGGGAACUGGAAAGACUUACACCAUGUCGGGGAAUUACGCAAAACCGGAACUUAAAGGGAUUAUUCCCAACACGUUUUCGCAUAUUUUUAGUCAGAUUUCGAGAGCUAGUGGCGAGACUUCGUUUGUUGUCACUGUCACUUAUUUAGAGAUUUAUAAUGAAGAAGUUAGGGAUUUGCUGUCCACGGAUCCGAACAAAAAGUUAGCAAUACGCGAAAGACCAGAUGUGGGAGUGUAUGUCAAGGAUCUCAUGGGAUUCACCGUUGACUCAAUUGAAUCAAUUACUGAAUUACUCAACAGAGGAAACAAGAAUCGAGUCACUAGGUCUACUUUGAUGAACGACGUUAGUUCAAGAUCGCACGCGAUUUUUACCAUAACUAUUGAAUCAAAAAAUAGAAGUAGCAAUAAAACCACUGUUGGCAAACUUAAUUUAGUUGACUUGGCUGGCUCGGAACGUGCAAGUCGAACCCAAGCUACAGGUGAGCGUUUAAGGGAAGCUAGCAAUAUUAAUUUAUCGCUUUCUGUACUCGGAAAUGUUAUUUCUGCACUCGUUGAUGGCAAAAGUAGUCAUAUUCCUUACAGAAACUCAAAAUUGACGCGAUUACUUCAAGAUUCAUUGGGUGGAAACUCAAAAACAGCAAUGAUUGCGAUGGUAAGUCCGGCAGAUAUUGACUAUGAGGAGAGCAUAUGUACUCUACGAUACGCAGCGAGAGUCAAACAUAUACAAAACCAUGCUCGAAUUAAUGUCGAGCAGCGCGGCCUCAUUGAAGGGUUUGAGCACGAAAUCGCUGAAUUGCAAGAAAAAAUCCAUUUAUUGUCACUACAGGAACAAAAACCGAAGAAGAGAAAGGAAAGAGCGUCCGCACAAAAGGUUGAAGAGCUCAAAAAAUGGGAGGAGGAAUUGCAAAAAACCGAGAAAGAAAAGAACGAAUUGAUGCAGAAAAUUUCGCUGAUCCAGAAACGGAUUCUUGUGGGUGGUGAAAAUUUAUUCGAGAAGGCACAAAUCCAGGCCUUCUUGAUCGAAUCCACGGGGGCCGAAAUCGAAAACUUGGACAAAAACCACCAACAGUUGGAAGAAACGUUAAACAAGAAGGGCCAAGAAAGAAUUGACGUGGAGGAAAAAUAUUCGAGUCUCCAAGAAGAAGACGCCGGAAUUGGGAAAAAAAUCAAGAAAGUCCAGUCUUAUCUAAACGAAGUCAAGGAGGAGUAUGCCGAUAAGGAGCACGAAUACCAGCGCGAAAUGGAAGCGCUUUUGGACAACAACCGGCUUCUGGUCCGAGAAACGCAAUUGGCGUGUUUAAUGAUCGAUAGUUACAUACCGAAGGAAUAUUUAAAAAAAAUCGAAGCCAAUUUGAUAUGGAAUUCGGAGACUCAGGAAUACCAAAUGCGAGGAGUGGCAUAUACUGGGAAUAAUAUGAGGAAACGGCAAUCGGCCCACUCGGAGUGUUUCACUCCGGUUAAGUUUGAUAUGAAACCGGUCUAUCACAAGUACCCGGAAAAGAAGCGCGAACGCAAGAUGAUGUACGAAAAACGGUCAUUUUCCGCAGUCCCAAAGGCACGCUAAUUAUUUACCAGUAUUAUUUGUGUUGUGUUAAUUUGUGAUAUUAAUUAAGCUUGAACUUUUUAUUUAUUUCUGACUCUAUAAUGUACUUAAAUAAAGUAUCUAUUUAUUGCCCAA